AUGACAAAUCAUGCCUCUGUCUCUGUCCUGCUUACAUUAAUUGGUUGCAGAUCUGAGAGUCCAACAAGCAGGCAUUUGCCAGAAAAAGUCAAAGACGAUGUUCAGCUAAAGAAUAUGAGUGGGCAGUGGUUUUAUGAAGCAAAGUCAAAGAGGCACAGAGAUAAGAUACAUGGAGCAGAUAUUAUUAGAGCUUCCAUGCGACGGAAGCCUGCCACUCUUGCUGAAGUGAGUCAGAACAAAUCAAACAAAGCAAAGGAUAGCUGGGUGAGCAAUGUUAAUAAAGAAGUCUUUGUGCCACCAGAACUACAUGGCAUUGUGGAACAUAAAGAAGAAGAAGAACUGAAAUCUAGUUUGAGUUCUAAAACAACCACCUCUGUGUUAGGCAAACCAGAGGAAAGACCUAUGGAGGCAGCAGUCUCACCAGUAAAGCAAAGGAGAAAUCCAUUUAAUUCCACUGCAUCAGGUGGUAACUUGAACAGUGGGGAAUCAGAAAACAGAUCAGCCACUCUACCUCAGCUAUCAAAGAAGGAAAUUUUGUCGGUCUCAGAAGAGAGCCAACCUAAACCAAACUUACAAAAUGAUGAAACAGAGAAACAUAAGAAGCCUUCUGUAGAACCUACUGAUGAAUCACAGAAAGGACUAGUUAAGCGUCCCGUCCCAAAAGCUAGAAAAUUAAUUCACAAAGCAACUGAGCCUGUGUCACGGAGAGAAGACUUUUUUCCAAAACCAGCCAAACAGACUGAGAGGAUUAAUGGCCAUGGUACACCACCCAGGGGCAUUCUGAAGCGCAGUUCAAGUUCCACUGACUCAGAAAUUCAAGUUAGUCAGAUGUUAGAUGUUCAGAAAAAGAAUGGUCUUCCUACUGCAACUAUUUUUGAAGGAGAAGCCAAGAAGAACUCUCUUACAGAAGAAGUGGAAGACUCCACACAAAUUUCACUGGAAAAACUAAAACAAGUGAGGUUCUCAUCUAGCACUGGUAAAGGAGAACCUCUGCAAAGCCCACAGCUGCAUCAUGUUAGAGAAACAGGAGAAUUUGGUUUGUUAGAAUCUGAUGAAAUGCAGGGUAGUGGAAAUGAUGUUAUUAGAUCAGAUUCAUUUGGGAAUAAGCAAUUUUCUGCUGUAAAGUCUUUGGGAACCUAUUCAUCAGCUUUACAAAUAAAAACAAUAGAUGGCUUACAAGAAGAUACAUUGGCAUCUGGCCCUUGUGACACAAAUAGGUCAGUCUUCCUGGUUAAUGAAACCUUGCAGACAAAGACAGUUACUCCUAAGAAACUUGAAAUUCCACAGAAGAUCUGCAGCAAUAUCCUGCCAAAUAGCAAUAAUGAACUGAGUGUUGAUGAGACACAUGAUUAUAAAUCCAACCAGCUCUUGAGCCAUGAAACAAAGUCGCACAAAAACUUUCCUGAUGAACAUCAGCUUUCUGCUAAGACAGAAGCACAUGAGGUGUCAAAUGUGAAUUCUACAAGUCUUCAACAAGGUAAGCCUGAUCUUGUUGAGGAGCAAGAUGCUAAAACCACUUUCAAACCUGACAAACAUGCUGAUGAACUCAUGAAAGUGGACGAUGAAUCUGUAUCAAAAGUUUUAGAUUGGUUUAAAAGAAGUUCUGGUACUGAAGACAGGAAACAUAUAUCAGCUAGAUCCCAAGGCGAGGAACCCAAAGUGGAAGAGGACUUUUCAACCAGAACAGCAGUUCUUCCUACAGAAGACAGUGGGCCUAGUAUGGAUGGAAAAACGAAAGUUACAAAAGAGUUACCGUUUGGAAAGGUUAAGCAACAGAACAGUAUUUCACCUACAUCAUUUAUUUCAGAAAAUAUACAGCUGAUAAAAGAGAUGAUAAAACCUAAGAAAGGGGAAGGGAACAAGGAGCAAAAUGACAAAUCAAUAGCUGAAUUUGACUGUACAAGAGUUGAAGAAAAAGAACGUGGUCAAGAAAUAAAGCAACAAAAUCAAAAAUCAAAUCUCUUGGAACAUGAGCUACCAGCUCAGAAAUGCAAAUCGGAGAAGGCAAUACAAGAAAAAAGAAGAAUAAGGGAGAUCAGAGCAUUCUGGGAAAAGGAUAAAACUAUCCCGAGUCAUGCAGAGAAAGAAGUUAGUAUCAAUACUAAUGCAUCAGGUGGUGGUGCAUUGAAAGGUCUCAGAGAGAAUGACAAAAUAAAACCAACUGCAGUAUACCUACCUAAAGGAUUGGAUGAUCAAAGCAAGAAUACAUUAAGAAGGGCUGAACUAAGUUGUGCAAGCCGAGCUUCAAGAAAUGAACAUCAAAGCUCUUCUGAAUUUGGACCAGACCAUGCAGUUGAAAAGCCAGAAAGAACACUUCUGUUUCAUGAAUAUACAGAAUUGCCAAAAACCAGCAACUUGCAGCCAAGAGUUGGUGCUACUUCAGCUUCCCAAGAAAGCAAAGACAAAGAUGAGAAAGAAACACUUAAAGGAAAAGUUGCCACUUCUUCCCAACAGAAGCCAAGCUUCCAGGUUUUGUCUUUAAAACAAAAAAUGAAUGAAAAGUCCAAUAAUCAAAUUUCAGAUCCUUCACAGUUCCAGAGUCUGAGAAACUUCUGGGAUACUGGAGUUAAAUUACAGAGUAGCAUUGAUAGGGGAGAUGUUUCUUUGCCAAAUAAUACUAGUUCAAUAACCUAUGAAAGAAAAUCGAAGGAAGAUAAAAAAGGCAGAGAUAAUGUGAGCAAGCAAGAGUUAAUUCAACAACAAACCCAAACACCUGAGAGAGAAAAAACACAGAAACUAGAGUCUGUGGUACGUGAACUGCCUCUAGGAUCUCCUACCCUGAAAGGUCUAAAUGUGACACACACAAAAAUUAUGGACCCUGUCCAGCUGGACAGAAAAUCAGUUAUCUCAGAACCCAAGGAAAAGAUGGGUCUUCCAGAGCAUGAAGUUAAAGAAUGUAUAGAAAAAAGUAUUGUUUCAUCAAAAGAACAUCGUGUUUCCUUGCAGUUACUCCAAUCACUUGGUGAUAAAGAUGCCUUAAAGGAGAUAGCAGUAGAUGAUUGGCUAUGUUUACCUAUAGAAAAAGUGGAGAACAAGUCUACUCCAUUGGAUGUCAGUCUCCCUAAACAGGAAGUUGCAGAGACUGUGGAUAAGAUUGUUCUACCUAAAGCUGGGCUUGAUGUACUUAAAUUAGGCCUAAAAAAGUCAGAAAAGGAAGCCUAUGAGAUAUCAUCUAGCUUGAACCUAAAAGAAAACAUUUUGAAAGGGACAACUUCUCACUCAAAUCAGUGCAAGGUCUUUGAAAGAACAGUAGAAGAGAGUCAUGACAUUUCUCCUGCUGAUCAAAAAAAAGAAAUAGGAAAAAACAUAGGAAAAAUGAUUGUGCCAUCAACAGAUGAGCAUGAAAACAAACAAAGCCUCAGGAAACUGUCUAGGGAAUUUGAAACUUUCUGUCUACGAAAUGAGGUAGCAGAGAAGGAUGACACUCUUGCGAGUUCUCAGAGGCCAGAUGCUGGUUUGCAGAACCUGCUGAGAGAAACCUUUGCAUCUCAACCUCCUGAAUAUAGAGGGGUGGGAAUGAAAACAUCGGAUGACAUGAAUAGUAUUUCACACACUAAUUGUAGAAUAGAAUCAGCAUGCCAUGAAGAUACUGGUCAGCCUGAAGAGGUCAGUGAGACCACAGAAAAGUCAAUUUCUCCGUCCAAGGUCAGUGGCCUGAGUUCUGCUUUAGAGAAGCUGCUGAAGGAGGCCUCUGAAACACCACCUCCUCCUAAACCAAAACAUGCCGACAGCACAGUACAGACGACUGGUGAGGUGGAAGUUAAAGGCAUGACGAGAGUAGCCGCAGGAAAUUGGUGA